UCCACGUCUGAUUUUGUUACUUGCCUUUUGGGCGGAAAAAAAAACUUGCUCUUUAAAAGGAAACAAUGCCCGCCGGCUCCGCCGCCGCCUCCACCUCCGCCGCCGCUUCCGCGCUCCUGGCGCGCUGCCGCUCCCUCGCCGCAGUCAAGCAGCUCCACGCCCAUAUCCUCACCCACUCCAACGGCCCCUUCCCCUACAACCACUUCCUCUCCAAGCUCCUCUCCCUCUCCUCCGCCACGGUCGCCGUCACCAAUGCCGCCUCCGACUAUGCCCUCCUCCUCCUCUCUUCCCACCCGGCGCCCACCGCCUUCUCGUACAACGUCGCGCUCCGCCUCUUCGCCUCCUCGCGCCCGGGCACCACCCUCCGCCUGUUCCUCCGCAUGCUCCGCGCCGGGCUCCGCCCCGACGCCUACACGCUCCCCUUCCUGCUCCUCGCCGCCGCGCGCAGCCCGUCCCCGCCGCUCGCUCGCUCCGCCCACGCGCUUCUCGACAAGCUUGGGCUCAGGGACCACGACCACACCGUCCACUCCCUCAUCACCAUGUACUCCUACCUCGGCGAUCAUCUUGCUGCGCGCAGGGUGUUCGACGGGAUCCCCCGUCGGGACGUUGUCUCAUGGAACUCUAUGAUCAAGGCAUACGAGCGGGCAGGGAUGGUGGAUGAGGUGGAAGGGAUGUUCCGCUCGAUGGUUGCAGAGGACACGGUGGUGCCCAACGGGGUGACGGUGGCAGUUGUGCUCACGGCGUGCAGGGAUGCUGGCAACGUGGUUCUAGGGAGGUGGGUGGAGGAGUGGGUGAGGUCUGCAGGGAUGGAGGUGGACUCGCUCAUUGGCUCCGCACUGGUGGGGAUGUAUGAGAAGUGCGGAGAGAUGGCAGAGGCUAGGCGCGUGUUUGAUGGCAUCAUAGACAAGGAUGUUGUGGCGUGGAAUGCCAUGAUCACCGGGUAUGCGCAAAAUGGCAUGUCAAAGGAAGCUAUUGCAUUGUUUCAUAGCAUGAGGGAAGUGGGGAUGCGUCCAGACAAGAUAACCUUGGUUGGAGUCCUUACAUCCUGCGCUGCAGUUGGUGCUCUGGAGCUAGGAGCUGAACUGGAUGGGUACGCCUCAACUAGAGGUCUCUACAGCAAUGUCUAUGUGGGGACAGCCUUAGUGGACAUGUACGCUAAGUGUGGAGAUCUUGAUAGAGCCAUUCAAGUCUUCGGAAGUAUGCCAUGCAAAAAUGAAGCCUCAUGGAAUGCCUUAAUCUGUGGGCUCGCCUUUAAUGGUCGAGGCCAUGAUGCCAUUCAGCAGUUUGAACUGAUGAUAAAUGAGAUAGGGCUCCAGCCGGAUGAUAUCACAUUCAUAGGAGUGCUUUCGGCUUGUGUGCAUGCAGGGCUACUUGAAUAUGGUCGGCGUUUGUUCAAUUCCUUGACACCUGUGUUUAAAAUCAUUCCCAAGAUUGAGCACUACUCCUGCAUGGUUGAUUUAUUGGCACGUGCUGGGCAUUUGGAAGAAGCAUGGGAUUUUGCUGAGAAAAUCCCUGGAAAGGCGGAUGCUGUGAUGUUGGGCGCUUUGCUUGCUGCUUGUCGGAAAUGCAGAAAUGUUGAGGUUGGUGAGAGGGUCAUCAAUAGGAUUAUGGAGCUGGAGCCAUCAAACUCCUGGAACUAUGUGGUGUCAUCCAAGAUAUACGCAACCUCGGAUAGAAUGGAUGACUCUGCAAAGAUGAUAGGGUUAAUGAGGGAGAGGGGUGUCAGCAAGACUCCAGGUUGCAGCUGGGUUGAGGUUAAAGGCAAAGUCCUUGAGUUCUAUGCAAGCACUGAACUGCAACAUGGUGCGGAAGAUAUGUAUCAACUCAUGACCAUACUGGUAGAUGAGAUGAGACUUGAGGGAUAUGCUCCAAACCUUGAUCUGGUGUAGCAAUGCAACAGAAGUGUUGCCUCUUCUUGAAGCGAACGAAAGGAUCUAUAAUUUAUUUAUUAUGAAAGGAUAAAAGUCACAGUGUGGAGAUUAUGAAAUGGAAGAAACAGAAAAAAAAAACCCAGCAGCCUACCAUGUGUUUGGACAUCAUGCUGUAAAAAUAAAUGAAAAAAAGCUGCCCAAAUAUUAAAGCUCUACAGAUGAUACAGUGCACUUGCAUCAUGUAAAUUAAAUUGCUAUUGAAAAUUUUGUAAUCCUUGCUUUUCUUGAUUCAAGAUAAUCAAUAAAGCGCAGAUGAUUGUUACAUGGAAUCUCCUGCGACUUUCUAUGGGCUACAUCCACCACCGAGUCAGGUUGUUCCUCUGCAGUGAUUAUAAUAGAGGCCAGUUACACCAUGGAGCUCGCUCAAUUCACCCAUGACUCUUAAUGUUACAGGUCAAGGUAUAUGUAAGAAUUCUCAAGAUAUUUGAUGGAAUGUACUGGAGAACGUGCAUUGAUGUGCAGUAUCUGUCAGAUUUGACAGGAGUCAGGAGUGUACUUGCUACUUGCUAGAUCAAUGCUCUGUUCUUGAGUUUCUUCUGGUGCAUCUGUAACAAGUGGUUCAUCUGCUGGUACCACCACCACUUCUGAAGGGGCUAUCAACAGGAACCGCCAAGAUGCAGCAAGAACUCAAGGAAGUAACCCACCAAGUCACCCAGCUGGAACACGUGGAUUGCCAACCAGAACAGUUGUUCAGCUAUUCCAGCACGGUCCUCAGUGGAGGCUCCAAACCAUGUCCUAAGUGUUUUUUGCCUGUUCAAGUGAGGGGUCAAGCUGCCGUACCUAACCAGUCAGCCUCCUUUCAAGGUUCUCAGAUGGCAGCGGGCAAUGGAGCUCAACCAAAUUCAACACCUUUCAAGAUGGAGCCCUAACGAAUUUGUUCAUGAAAAAUGGACGAGUACCGAGGAGGGGGGGAUGUUUGAGCAAGAAGACGUAAAAGGACAGAAAAGAAAAGAAAAACACAUCACUCGGUUGUCACUAUGUAUUAGCGAUGCGUGAUCAUUGUGCAAUAGCCCUAAACCCUACCCCCACUCUUCUUUAUAAUAGAUAUAUUAUCAAAGUAAAAUAACAUAAUUUAAUAGAUAUGAUGGAGUGUUUUUUACAUAAUGAACUUA